AUGCCUCGGAUUAACAUUAAGGGAGGUGUUUGGCGAAACACGGAGGAUGAAAUCUUAAAAGCUGCUGUUAUGAAAUAUGGCAAAAAUCAAUGGGCUCGGAUAGCAUCAUUGUUACAUCGCAAAGCCGCUAAACAAUGUAAAGCCAGAUGGUAUGAAUGGCUCGAUCCUAGCGUCAAGAAAACGGAAUGGAGCCGUGAAGAAGAUGAGAAGCUUUUGCACUUGGCAAAGCUUAUGCCAACACAAUGGCGAACAAUAGCUCCAAUUGUUGGUAGAACCGCAAAUCAGUGCUUAGAGCGUUAUGAAUACCUUUUGGAUAAAGCGCAAAACAGGGAGGGAUUGUCUGCCGAAGAAGAUCCAAAGCGUCUUCGACCGGGAGAAAUCGACCCAAAUCCUGAAACUAAACCAGCUCGUCCAGACCCCGUUGAUAUGGACGAGGAUGAACUAGAAAUGCUUUCAGAAGCUAGAGCAAGAUUGGCCAAUACCCAGGGUAAGAAAGCAAAACGCAAGGCUAGAGAACGUCAACUUGAAAUUGCUCGAAGAAUGGCUAUGAUGCAAAAACGUCGAGAGCUUCGUGCCGCUGGCCUAGGAACAUUUCUAGGCCUAAUGCCCAAAACAAAACCAUGCAUGGAUUAUAAUUCAGAGAUCCCGUUUGAAAAACAACCACCGAAAGGAUUUUUUGAUACGAGUACUGAAAAACCAGAAAUUAAGCCUAUGGAUUUUCAGCGUUUACGUCUGUCUGAUAUUGAAAAAGAAAGUUAUAUGGAAAAGGAAAAACGAGAACGUAAAAAGGAUGCUGAACGUCAGGCGAAACGUAUGCAAUCAGAUUUACCUGGUCUUGUACAACAACGUGGUAAUUCUUUGGAUGAACCAUUGUUAAAACGAUCUAAACUUGUCCUUCCUGCACCUCAGAUAUCUGAUUUAGAGUUGGAAAAUUUAAUCAAAGUUGGUCAAGCUGGUGAAAAUGCUGUCAGAAUGGCUAUUGAAGAUUCUGUCGGUGAAAUGGGCUCUGCAACACAUCCUCUUUUACCUGAAUGUCCUACGGGGGAUUUGCAACGCCUGCUUUAA